UCUCUCUCCGUUUCCCUAGAAGGUAAACCGUGCCACAUGGAGGUUGACACAGGGUCAGCGCUCUCAAUAAUCUCGUGGAACACCCUCAAGAGACUCCACCCCAGCCUAUCUACUACCCGGCUUCAGAGAUGCCAGUUCGGUCUGAAGGACUACCAGGGGAAGGCCAUUCCCGUGAUCGGCAGAGGCAAGUUCUUUGUCAGUUUUAGAGCUUUUAAAGGCCACCUACCUCUAGUGGUAGUUAACGGCAAUCUACCCACCUUAUUGGGGCUCGAUUGGUUUCCCCACCUCGGCCUAGGGUUAACAGGAGUCCAUGCUGUCUCAACCUCAGACACUGACUCCUUAUUCGCUGACUACGCAGAUGUGUUCAGCGAGGAGCUGGGGUGUUAUAAUGGAACCCCCAUCUCGUUCACCGUUGACCCCCAGGCAGUCCCAAUCAGAUUAAAACCACGUAGAGUUCCAUUUGCUAUUCGACCAAAACUAGACGCUGAAUUGGAUAAACUACUAAAACAAGGGGUCAUUGAGCCAACAGAUUUCGCCAACUGGGAGACGCCCAUUGUCACACCCCUCAAAAAAGAUGGUAGCCUGAGAAUUUGCUCGGACUACAAGACAACAAUCAAUAAAUAUUUACAAGUUAGCGCCUACCCUGUGCCCGUCAUUCAGCACUUAUUGCACACAUUCGAACCGGGCAGUAUUUUUGCUAAAUUGGACAUGUCUCAAGCAUAUCAACAGUUCCCUGUUGAUAACCAAACAGCGGAACUUCAGACCAUCGUCACUCACAGGGGUGCCUUCCGAUGCAAGCGUCUCCAAUUUGGCGUAAGUGUUGCCCCGGGUAUUUUUCAGUCCCUCAUGGAGCGGAUUUUACAGGGCCUCCCUGGUGUAGUACCCUACUUCGACGACAUCUUGGUCUCGGCCAGGGACAGACCCCAACUCUUCCAGAGAGUGCGAGCAGUGUUAGAGAGGUUCAGACAGCAUGGCCUCAGGUUAAAAAAAGAAAAAUGUGCCAUUGCCACUAGACAGGUGGACUUUCUGGGUUAUAAAAUUGACGCCUCUGGCAUUCACCCCCUGGAGUCCAAGGUUAGGGCGAUCCACGAAGCUCCCACACCGACCUCCAAAACGGAGCUACAAGCUUUCUUGGGGCUCCUAAACUUUUAUGCAUCCUUCUUGCCCCUACUUACGUCAGAGGCAGUGCUCAUCCAAUUCGACCCCAACCUUCCUUUAGUACUGGCAGCAGACGCAUCCCCUUUUGGAAUUGGGGCGGUCCUUAGUCACCGACUCGCCAAUGGCGCCGAGGCCCCCAUCGCCUUUUUCUCCAGGACGCUCUCGGCCACGGAGCGAAAUUACAGCCAAAUAGACAAGGAAGCCCUAGCAGCUGUUGCAGCCGUGAAAAAGUUUCACGAAUUCCUUUUUGGCCAUUUCUUCGAACUGGUCACCGACCAUAAGCCCCUCCUGGGCCUACUGGCCGGCGACAAACAGACACCUCAAGUCCUUUCCCCUAGAAUGACAAGGUGGACACUUUUCCUAGCGGCCUAUUCAUACAAACUUAUUCACCGCCCGGGCAAAACUCUAUCCCACGCCGACGCUCUC